UAUUUUUCUGGUAAGCAGGGCUAUUAUGAUAAAUUACCUACGAUAUUUCCUUGCAUAAGCAAAUGCGUCAGGAGGGAGGAUGAUCGUUCAAAGCUGUUCUGUUAUGAAUCUUAUGAUUGGAAACUGUGUGCAACUCGGUUCAUGAUCUUGCAUAAGGAAAACUCAAUGGGUUCCUAGAGCAAGAGAACUUCGAUUUGUGUCCUAAAUAUCUUCAACCAACAAUUUUUUUUUGUGCCAGAUUAAAGGUGAAAGGUGGUGAUUAAUGGGAGGGCACACAUCUUGUCUGAUGGGUUUUCUGAGCAGAAUAGGCUUGUGGCUGUGGGCCUGUGGCCCUCAGGACGGUUUUGCCAGCCUGCUAAGUAGGAUGGGCUCAGGUAUCUUUUUCUUAAGGCCAAUGACUAGCUAAAGUAGACCACAUCUUACCAUGGUUCUUAGCUUAUGGGCUGGCCUGAGCAUGGGUUCAGCUACAGAGUCGGCUUCAAGAUCCUUUGGGGUUGAAGGAGCUGCUGCUGAAGAUGGAAGAAAGCCCAGCAUAUGGGAUACUUACGCGCAUGCUGGAAAUGUUUUUGACAAGAGCACAGGAGACAUUGCAGCAGAUCAAUAUCACAAGUACAAGGAAGAUGUUAAGCUGAUGCAUGAGAUGGGCCUGGAUGCCUACAGAUUUUCUAUCUCCUGGUCCAGGCUAAUUCCUGAUGGACGGGGAGCUAUCAACCCAAAAGGUCUGCAAUACUACAACAAUCUCAUCAAUGAACUUGUCCGCCAUGGAAUUGAGGCUCAUGUUACCCUGAACCAUUUUGAUCUUCCCCAAGCACUAGAAGAUGAGUACGGAGGAUACUUGAGCCAAAGGCUAAUUGAGGAUUUCACUGCAUAUGCGGAUAUUUGUUUCAAAGAAUUUGGGGAUAGAGUGAAGUAUUGGAGCACUUUCAAUGAGCCGACUAUACAAGCAAUCAUGGGUUACGAUCUUGGAGUCUUUCCACCCAAACAUUGCUCGUUUUCUCUUGGCUUCUUCAAUUGUUCAAAGGGGAACUCGACAGAAGUGUACAUUUCUGCUCACAAUAUGUUGUUAUCACAUGCAGCAGCAGUACAACUUUACAGAGAAAAAUACCAGGAAAAACAAAAAGGCUAUAUAGGAAUUACACUCCUAGGUAUAUGGUUUGAACCUCUCACAAACUCAACAGAGGAUGUCACUGCAACAAAAAGAGUGAUUGAUUUUCAAUUCGGAUGGUUUCUCGAUCCCCUUGUGUAUGGAAACUAUCCUGCUACCAUGAGGAAGAUUGUAGGAUCUCGAUUGCCAUCUUUUAUAGAGGACGAAAGAAAACAGCUGAAGGGAUCAUUUGACUUUAUCGGCCUUAAUCAUUAUCUUGUAGUUUUUGUUCAAAAUUCCCCUGAUGACACCGAGAAGUAUGAGAAAGACUAUGCUACAGAUAUUUCUGCCAGAAUAUCAAUUCCAGGGCUGUUUGAGAAGGAUUUCAUUAGCCUGAAAACUGCCACAUUUCCUACUGCUCCUUGGGCCCUUCAAAGAUUGCUGGAGUAUGUCAAACUAUACUACGAAAAUGCUGUCCUUAUAAUCCAUGAAAACGGAUAUCCAAUGUACGGUAACAACUCUUAUUCUCCCGACGCUCGCAAUGAUGAUGAAAGGGUAGAUUACUUGCAGAAGUACAUAGAAAGCUUACUUCAAUCAAUAAGGGAUGGAUCAAAUACAAGGGGGUACUUCGUAUGGUCCUUCGUAGACUGUUUUGAGCUUACACUUGGCUAUACUGUUCAUUAUGGUCUCUACCAAGUCGACUUUAACAACAGGGAUAGAAAGAGGUACCCCACGCUGUCUGCUCAAUGGUACACCAGCUUCCUUGGAAACAGCAAAAGAAAAAGGGGAAACUCAGAAUCUCUAUCAAUUUAAGAAGACAUCAUCGUUCCUUUUCUUCUGCAUCACCAGUUAUAUAUGGUUAUAUAUAUAUAUAAGUGUUCCAUUCUAUCUAUGAAUGGGCACCAGAUAGUGUUUUCUAGCCGGGUUUAGGCUCAGGGGCUGGAAUUCGUUUCCGCCUUGUUUCUUUCUGCUUCUUCCUGUUUGUUUCUGUUUACUUUUUCUUUUUGGCCUCUUUGGCUCUUAAUAAUAUUCACCUUUCAAA